AGGGCACCCACUAAACGUCAAGCAACUUACGAGAUAAUGUGUGAACAUUUCUUGUUUUAUUUAUUUAUUAAUAUCAGUAUUGUUUAUUAACAGUUUAUUUUGUCUUACUGAAAAUAAUCUGUUUCAACAUGUAAUUGACCUUCUAUACUCUACGAUAUAAGAACACGUUUCUAACAAAAUGUCUAGCUUUAAACACUUGAAGUACUUGUGUAGACUUUGUGCGAAAAGCGAUGAGUUUUGUAAGGAUUUACUCGAGGAAAGCAACAAAAACGUUAUGAACAUGAUAAGAGAUUUUAUUCAAAUAACUAUAAGUGAAAGUGAUGAUUUACCAACCCGAAUCUGUCUUAACUGUGAAGAGAAAAUGGUAUCUUUUCAAUUGUUUGUCUUAGAAUGUUAUAAAGUCCAGGAGGAUUUUAGAAAACAAUUGGAUAAGGAGCAGUUAGACAUCUGUACUGACUUGCAAAUCAAGCUUGAAGAUACUACUUUAGACUAUGGAGCAUCUCUGAUAAAAUCUGAGGUUAAAGAUGAGUUAACUGCGGAGGAUAUAGUGUGUGCAAUCACUUCAAAUGAUGCUUCGUUGUCCGAAUUUGAAGCAGUAGAUUACAAUGAUGAUAUUGACAUAAAUGAUGAUGUUGAUGAAGAUGAUGAUGACUUGGAUGAUGUAGCAAUAGCAUCACUGAAGGAAAUAAAGCAAAAGCGGAUCAAAAAGAAAGUCAUUUCAGAAGAGGACUCUAUGAAGUUUAGUGAACUUUUAAAACAGCCAAACUUGAAAGUGAAAGAUUUUGUUCAGCUGAUAUGUCACCUGUGUGGAGCAGAGUCCAAUACAUGGAGUAACUUGCGCGUGCAUUACUUCAAUAAUCAUAGAAGCAAAGUUGUAGCAUACUGCCUAUGUGGAUAUGCAAUAAGAUCGAAAAGUGUUCUCUAUAAACAUUUUUCUCAGCAUAAGUUGGAAAGUAGAAAAAUAAGAAGUGCUGAGAAUUUGUGUGAAGAAAGACCAGAAAAAUCUCAAUAUUCAGAUCUAAAAAUUAAUAACUUUGUGAAUUUCAAUUGCAAGGCCUGUGAUAAGGUGUGCUCCAGUUGGUAUAGUCUGAAGUCACACUGUGAAAGAGCCCACAAGAUUCUUCCAGUAGUGCAUUGUGUUUGUGGCAUUGCUCUCAAGUCAAAGUCAGUGCUCUACAAACAUAUAAAUGAUCACAAAAAUCCUAAUGUAUUAUCGUGUGACAAAUGUCCACGAAUUACGAAAACCAUGGCAGCAUUAAACAAACAUAAAAUGAGACACGUCCCUAAAUCGGAACGGAAAUUCACGUGCGAAUCCUGUGAUAAAAUAUUUAAUACUAAGGACGCGUUAAAAUCUCAUGAACGAUCACACAUUCCAAUAGAAGAUAGGAAAAUUUACCACUGUGGUAUUUGUAACAUGAAGUUCACAACCCGGUCGUCAGCGGCGUCGCACAAGCGCGUGGUACACGACAAAAUCAAGAGUUAUGUGUGCGAUCUGUGCGGCUACGCGUGCGGCACCAACGGCGAGCUGCGGCAGCAUCGCGCCAUACACUCCGACGACAAGCCCUUCGUGUGCAGGAAGUGCUCCAAGCCUUUCAAAACUUACUCGAAUCUCAAAACUCACAUGGACAUCCACGAAGAGACUUCGUACCCGUGCUACGUGUGCAGCCGCGUGCUGAACAGCCGCCGGACGCUGAGGAAGCAUCUGCUCGUACACGAAGACAAGUGCCGGCACGUCUGCUCGUACUGCAAUAAGGCCUUCAAGAGGAGGCAGACGUUGAAGGUCCACAUGUAUACUCACACGGGCGACAAGCCGCUGACGUGCAAAUGGUGUGACGAGCGGUUCGCGUACGCGUCCACUUUACGAUCGCACCGCCUGCGAUGCCACCCCGACAAGAUGGCCGCGCAGAUGAACGAGCAGUACGUCUACCGGCACGUCAACAUCCUGCAGCAGAUGAACGAGCAGUACGUCUACCGGCACGUCAACAUCCUGCAGCAGGUACGUCACUUGUGUGUAGUGUGCUGUUGGCCGAGGCGGUCGUACGCGUCCACCUUAGGAUCGCACCGCCUGCGAUGCCACCCCGACAAGAUGGCGGCGCAGAUGAACGAGCAGUACGUCUACCGGCACGUCAACAUCCUGCAGCAGAUGAACGAGCAGUACGUCUACCGGCACGUCAACAUCCUGCAGCAGGUACGUCACGUGCGGUCGUACGCGUCCACCUUACGAUCGCACCGCCUGCGAUGCCACCCCGACAAGAUGGCGGCGCAGAUGAACGAGCAGUACGUCUACCGGCACGUCAACAUCCUGCAGCAGGAUUACAUCAAAGCUGACAUCGCCGCUAUUAACGCGAAAAAUGAAGUAGAGGCUAUUUAAAGAAUAAGUUUAGUAUUCCGCCAGCUGAUUCUAUGUAAGGUAUUAAUAAUUUUUACAUGUUAAUAUUAUAACCAUUUUGGUUUCACUGAUAAUAAAUAAUUUAUCUCAAUU